AUGCGCGAGGAGCUAGUGGAUUAUGAGGAACUGGUGGUGUACAAUGACUUUGUGCGUCAGUUGAAGGGUAAGAUAUUGCGGGAGGAGCUAGGUGGGGAUCGGAGGGAGCUGUGGUGGUUCGUGAGGAAGGGGAAGCUUGGGCUUAUCGGGAAGAGUGAAGUGGAUAGCUCUGCUGUUGAGGACGAAGAGGUUCAAGAGUUUUUGGCUGCCAAUUGA